UAAGUCACUCUGGAGCACGCACAAACACAAUCAGUAAACGUAUGGGUUAAAGGUCGGCGUAUCACAUUGGGAAACCGGCGUAUGUAAAUUUGUGGUAGGAGAGAUACAACAGGAUACUUUGGCCGAUACUUAACGUGGGCUACGUUGACUAGGCUAGCUAGCUGGCUUGGGAUCCACCUGCAUCCAGAGGUUUAUGGAACAGCUACAGUAACAGUACGUUUUCUCUGAUCACAGUUAAAGAGGAUGAAGGCAUACGUCCAGUCAUGGUAGAAUCAUGUCAAGAUCCUGUUGAAAAUAAGGCUGAAAACAGGUCCCUGUAAGACAGUGGAUCAUUUUUUCAAUGGAAUGCAGAAAAAUAAAUAGUAAUUCAGCUACUUCAAAGAAGAAUCAUACCUUUCCAUCUGUGAAAAGAUGCAAAUCCAGCACUCAAACCCAUAGCUGCGUAUCAGUGAUGGACAUCUGAGGCGAGACAAACGGUCUCAUUUUAAGUGUCCCAGUGCAGGUCCUUGGAGUAGCCGCCGCAUGUCCCGAAUCAGGAGCACGCUAGACACCGUCUCCAAAGCAGUCAGCGGAACGGUGAGUGGAACCGACCUCCUCUCCAAGAUCACAAGGCUGAAGCCCAGCACCACCGCUACUGCCGCUGGUACCGUGGAGGUCCAUGUGCCCGGCCCCGGUGACCAGGAGGCAACGACGGUCGCCAUGACCGCCGCAACGGCGGUGCGAUCGUCCGUCGCCAUGGAGGUGCCCGAGCGAGAGAAGAGGCACGAGGAGGAGGAAGUUCUGGAGCAGGCGGAAACGCCACACGUCCAGGCGAGAGAGAAGCCGAAGAUCAGCCUGUCCUCUCAGGCCGGCUCGGCAUCGUCGUCAUCGGUGGCCAAGCAGACAUUCCAACGCUUCCAGCCGUCUGCGUUCUCCGCCAACAUGGACGAGACCUACAGCCACCUCUCGCAGCACGUCAACACCUACUUUGGCACCGAUGCCCCUCCGGACACAGCAGAGAACCAGCGGGCCCAGCAGAGGAAAAGCCCAGAACCUUCAGCUCCCUCUGAGCCGGGGCCCCACCUAAACCCGUCUCUGAACCAGGACCAUAUACCGGUCCUGAUGCCUGUGGCGGGGAAGAUGCCUGUGGCAGGGAAAACGCCUGUGCAAACCUCCCCCGAGUCGCCCUCUAUUGAGCAUGGCACCACCCCAGUUACCCCCAAGCCUGAGGAUGUUGCCCCAGCGUCCCCACCCUCCCCCAGAAGGGGCAUCAGCCACUACCUCUCCUACCCCAGACCCAGCGUGCAGAGCUUUGUGGGCAGCUACAUUGCUCCGCUGGUCCCCAAGUUCCGGUCGGCGGACCCCCAGAGUGCCUCGGGUGAAAAGGACAAGCAGCCGGCCGCCUCGGCCCAGAUUGCGUCGCCGGAAGGGAAGGAGAAGAGCAAGGAGGAGAAGGAGGAGGAGGACAAGGCCCAAAGACUGCUGUCUCAGAGGGAGAGGAUCAUAGCGCGUGCGAGUGUGGACAACAGGACGAGGGCUCUGGUGCAGGCCUUGCAGAAAGUGACCGACGUUAAAAUCACCGUGAGCCGAGUGGAAGACCUCAGCUACCAUCUACUGGAGUUCCCAGAGACCAGAGGGGUGGCUGUCAAGGAGCGAGUGAUCCCGUGUUUGCUGAAGCUCAGGCAGGCGCGGGACCCAAGACUGCAUGCAGCGGUGAGGCAGGCACUGGCCGUGGUGGGCUUCACUGACCCGGUCAAAGGUCGCGGCAUCAGGGUGCUGUCUAUCGACGGAGGAGGAACCAGGGGUUUGGUGGCUCUGCAGACUUUGCGCAAGUUGGAGAUCCUGACGGGCAAACCCAUCUAUCAGCUGUUUGACUACAUCUGUGGAGUCAGUACAGGCGCCAUCUUGGCUUUCAUGGUCGGAGUGUUCCAGAUCCCCCUGGACGAGUGUGAGGAGAUGUACAGGAAGCUGGGUUCCGACGUCUUCAAGCAGAACCUCAUUGUGGGAACUGUGAAGAUGGGAUGGAGCCACGCAUACUACGACAGCGAGAUUUGGGAGAACAUCCUGAAAGAGAGAACGGGUGAGAGUCUCAUGAUUGACACAGCCCAGAAUCCGAAUUGUCCUAAGGUGUCAGCAGUGAGCACGCUGGUGAACCGUGGCCUGCCUCUGAAGGCCUACGUGUUCAGGAACUACAACAUGCUGCCAGGGACACGCUCCCACUACCUGGGCGGCUGCCAUCACAAAAUGUGGCAAGCCAUACGCGCCUCCUCCGCCGCCCCGGGCUUCUUCCAGGAGUGCAUGCUGGGAAACGACCUGCACCAGGACGGCGGGCUCCUGAUCAACAACCCCACGGCGCUGGCGAUCCACGAGUGUAAGAACCUGUGGCCCAACACGCCCCUGCAGUGUGUGGUGUCACUGGGCACCGGGCGCUACGAGACGGGCAGCAAGAACAGUGCCACCUACACCAGCCUCAAGGCCAAGAUCACCAACGUCAUCAGCAGUGCCACAGACACCGAGGAGGUCCACACCAUGCUGGACGCCCUGUUGCCGGUGGACACCUACUUCCGCUUCAACCCGUACAUGAGCGAGGACAUCCCAUUGGACGAGAGCCGGCGCGAGAAGCUCAACUUCCUGCUGGAGGAGGGCCGGCGCUACCUGGAGCGCAACGACGUCAAGCUGCGCAAGGCGGCCGGCGUGCUCACGCAGGAGAAGGGCGUGGUCCAGCGCGCCGCCGAGUGGCUGCAGCUCAAGGCCGACAUGUACGACGGCCUGCCUUUCCUCUCCAAGCUCUAGCGCCCUCUGGAGCGCGGGAGGUGGUAGUGCGGCAAACACACAAAAAAAAGAGGGCCUCAAGUUCAGGGGUGCUCGUUGACCAGGAGUCGGAGGGCAUGCGUAGUGUAACACUAACGCUGUUACGCAGCUUUUUCGUGAUUUUUUUUUUUUUUUUUUACGUUUCUGGCGAUUUGAAGCGGGCUUUCCUCCCGUCGAUCCUCCACACCUCUCCUGGUGACCUAUCUCGAGCGCUGUCCUUACCGCUCGUCCCAAGGUCAGACGAGAUUUCUUUUUUUUUUUUUUUUGUAAUUCCACGCAGGCCUUCGUCAGAGAGGGCUCUUUAACUGAUUGCCAUUGGGAUCAUUGGCGGAGCUGGCCAUCCCAAGACUACAACACAUCGCUGUAGUGAGGUGGGCUCACCUUUUUAACACCCAUCCUGACUCGUCUGAACAGCUCUCCUGCUGAUGCCCCCAUGCUGAGCAGUAGUGCAACGGUGCAGAAAGGACUCUCUCGACUCGACUGACGCUCAAAUGCAUCAUGGUGUGUUAUUGUGAAAGCAUGUUACGCAGCAGUGUCGCAUCAUAUCUUAAUUACUGUUGGUCAGGAUCAUUUCAGAUUAUGCACAGGUCCUUCGUGUCUCGUGUGUGUGUGUGAGUGUGUGUUUGUCUUGCACUUUCACUGACAUGUACUGUAGUUUCACAUAACGAAAAGCCCUUAUCAAGUAACUGUUUCAAAUAGUGAGACAAAUAAUUUCACUGGUUUUGGAAAGGCAAGAUGUCCACUUGAUUUAUUAAAUAGUUAUUAUUUUAUUUUAUUUUAUUUUAUUUUAUUUUAUUUUAUUUUAAGUUUUAGUUUCUUUAGGAACAGAGAACCACAACAUUACCUUGAAAAGUCUUCUAUUCCAGCCACUUGACUUUUAUUCUGCUGGAGGACACCCCUUUAAGCACUAAAAACGUAUGCUGUAGAGCAUUGCUCUUCCUAUGUAUAUACUGUAGUAUGUACUAAAUGAUAGUGAAGCUAGGGAUGCUGAUCACACUACAUUAGCUUUUACGGCAAGUUAUUCUGUUUUUGAACUAAUUUGCAUUUGAAUGCUUUGUUUGUGUUCAUGAAUCAUCCAACUUGAAGCUCUGUAAAAAAAAAAAAAAGAAAGAAGAAUCAGAUCAUCUGACACUCUGCUGUACAGGAAACUCAACAAACCCCUGUCAGUAGAUCACAGGUUUAUUCAUUCAGAGCAAAUCAAAUAAAAACAAACCUGUCUCGGAUUCUAA